GGUCAAGGUUUACCCUUUUUCAAUUAAGCGCAAUUACGUUAAUUGUCAUUGCGAGACCAAUCAUGCGCUUCCGUUCGUGAAUUCGGUAUACCUCUUUGCUUUUACGAUCACGUCAGGUCACAGUUUCAGCGCAAAAACAGCCUUCAGCCUGUACGAUAAAAGUGGAUAGCAGACUUCGACACUCGGAGCACUCGGAGUUCGGACGUUCGGAGUCGGCUAACCAAAGCCAGCGUACCCUACUAGUCCUACUACCCUGGCGUACCCUAACCUCAAACACCGACUCGAACAUUUCGUAGACGUCCGUCUUCAUCAGGAUAAUGGAGCUUCAUUUACUUAUUUGUUAACUUGGUAAUGACGCGAGAGCUCAUCGGGUCGUGCGAGAUGACCCGCACGUAAGUCCAUCAUCGCGAGUUGUUCCAGCAUGAUGAGAAUAUCCCGAACUUGUCGAAUUCUCUCGACGCCGGAGCUCGACGCCAAGACGCUGUGAGAACGCGAUGCGUCGCGUUCGCGAAUAAUAUGUACAUAAAAUGAGACCGCGUCGUGCAACGUAACAAUGCGCCUCAAAUUCGUCAGGGCGCUCCUGGUUCUCGCGCUGCUAGGCAACAUUAUCGUCUGGCACAGGAUAUGGCGGCUGUUCGCGGCGCAGAACACCCUGGGUCUGCUGACGCCGGGCGUCACGACGAAUGAGCCGCCGCAGAAACUCCAUCGGCGCCUGGCUCGCUUGGUCACCAUUGUCAUCCGGCAGUUCGAGAACUUUGAAAACGACGUGGCAUCUAUGGUAGAGUCAGUUUUGAACUCCUUUCCAGGGAUGCCCAUCCUGAUAGUCUGCGACGAAUUGCCGUACCCACCACUGGAGCUGAACUUCGCCAAUGAGAGUAUGAGAAAUGUCAAGCUGAUCAGCUUACGGCCUGAAUUCAAUAAAUCCUUUGAGGAGAGGAAUCCACUCUUUUACAUACGCACCAAGUUUGUCUUGUUCUUACCUGACUCGACAAGAUUGUCAACUAAGCAAGUUAUACAGGAGGCUGUCUCGCAAGUGUCAAAUUUAGGGAUAAUUAUUGUGCCGGUGGGAAAGAUAAUCCUACAUUGUCUUGAAUUAGAUUUAAAAAUCAGGGAAUGGAGUUUGAGGAUAGCGCGAGUUACGGGAACGGAAUGUGAUAGUGUAAUGGGCAAACAUGCAACAAUGCUUGAGGCAAAAAUUUUGAGAAGACUGUCGGAUCCAUUCCUGCUGCCCUUUAUGGAUGCAUUGUACAUUCAGACAACAGCUCUUGGCGCGAAGGUACACAUAUUGAAAAGCUAUCAGUUCAAUGAGGGGAAACCGUUGUACAGAAACCAACAGGCGCAGUCCAAGGUGCAACAGUUAUAUCGCACGCGCGAGCGAUUGAUGUUCGAAAAAUUAGGGAUAAAGAAAGUUACGAGGGCUUCCGGCGCCGUGGAGUGGUACGGCUGUUCGCGGGAAACCGCAAGAUGCUUUGGCUCGGUGAUAAAUGGCGUGCCAUCGUAUCUCUACCAACAUCGAUACACACCGCCUUGUUGUCUAGCUGGAUUGAGAAAGGUUGCCUAUCACGUUAUCGACAAGCUGGAGGAGGUUGGCAUACGGUUCUGGUUGGAGGGUCAGUCGCUGUUGGGAGCGAUGAGGCACGGCGAUAUUCUACCUUGGGAUCACGAGGUACAAAUCGGACUGAACCGAGACGAUUUGACGAGAUCGCCGUGGCUGGUCAGAGCGAGGAGCAAGCCGGUCGUCGACGAUGACGGCUACAUCUGGGAGAAGGCGACAGAAGGCGAGUUCUUCAAGGUACAGUACUCCAGGAUCAACCGUUUGCAUGUAAAUCUGCUACCAUUCUAUACGCGCAACGGAUCCAUGACGAAGGAUGCGUGGUUUCUGAAGAACCGAGACUUUCCAGAGCACUUCCUUCAUCCAAUGUCAAGCAUCGAGUUUGCCGGUAGACAAGUGCCAUGUCCAAAUAAUAUUAGAGACUUCCUAGAGCUUAAAUACUUCAAGGGGGUGAUAGAGAAUCCAGAAUUAUCUGGUAGAUUUGUCUUUGAUUAGUCCAUUUUGUCGAUUAAUUGUAACGAGAUUACUCACGGUAGCGUACGGCAUUAUUGUUGCCUGAUUUUACGCAGAUACCGGAGCUUCAACUCGAAUUGAUAACUGUAUCGAAACAUUACGCAUGUAUCUAACGAUACUAGAAAUUAUCUUUAUGCAUGAAGACAUUAAUAUUUAAAUAAAAACUACAAUUUGAUAAUAUCUCUUAUUUAAGGAGAAGAUUUAUAAACAUUUCUAUUUGCCUUAUUCGGACCCUAUUUUAGUAAGAAAGAAUGACAAAUAAUUGUUAUCAAAUGUUACCUUUAUAUCUUUGAAUAACUCGGCUUUGUGGAAUAGUAAGAAUUACAAAAGCACUUCCUUCCUGCAUGAAUUGACCUGUUAAUACAUUGUGCCAAAUAAAUGUAGUAUUUUUAACUAGAUUUGCAAAUAUAGAUGUUGACACAUUUUUCAAUAAAUUUUCAUUAUAUAUAACUUUUUACUAGAUUUACUAUUGUUUAUUAGUAGGUAAAUAUAGUAUUGGAGUAUAUUGUAUUAGAAAUUUGAAUAUUUAAUAUUAAAAAUAUUAAUAUAAAAGACAGAUCUGAAUCUCAUCAUAUUUUAAAGAUAUUUUAUUUGUGAAAGAGAUAGAGGUAUUUAAUUAAUAUCUUUAACUAAAUCGUGAAAAAUAUUUCAUAAAUAUUUAUAUAGUAGGAAUUUGAUUGUUCAAAUUCUGCGAUCAAAAAUUGUAAUUUUAUAGAGAAUGGAGAAAAUGAUUAAAAAAUAAGUUAUUGUACAUCUGUUGCAUUAUGUUUAAAAAUUGUAUAAAUAAUUUUGUUUUGAAUUAUUUUAAUUUAAAUCAAUUUAUUUAGAUUCUUGGUUUUAAACAGUGAAUUGCUGACUUAUUCUAUUUAUUACAACGAUUUUUUGGCAAUAAGAGUUCAGGUACAUAAACUACUUCGUAGAACUAUUUGAUCUCUCUAUUGCAUAAUUAUAAUACCAAUUUAUUUGUAAAAAUAUAGAUAUGUAUAUGUAUAUCCAUCUGUUAUAGCAAAUAUAUUAAUAAAGCGCUGUUGUUUAA